AGCAGGCAGGCGCACGAGCAAGCGGGCAGGCGCGUGUCCGCGGCGGGGCGGCUGCGAGUGCGCGGCCAUGUGCGCCUAGCGCGUGCUGCCCUGGGUCGCGGGGCCGCGGCCGACCUCCAGCCGGGCAAAGUGAACAAAGCAUCGGAGACGGGUACAUCAGGCUCCCACGUAAGGAAAAGAUUGUGAUCAUCCACCAUGGCGUACGGCUUGCCAAGAAGGAACACAGUGCAAACCAUUUUGAAGGGCAGCUGUUAUAAAGUACAGGAACCAUGGGACCUUGCAGAGCUCACAAAGACCUGGUACUCAAACUUAGUGAACAUCAAGUUGCCAUUCUUGGGAGAAAUUGCCUUUGGUAGCCCUGUAAAGCUCGCCACAGUGUACCGAACCAACAAAGAGGGCCUGUUCCCUUCAGCACAAGCCGCGAAACUCGAAAAGGAGUAUGAAGCGAUGCGCCUAGCAAAGAUGAAAUGUCACGAGAAUGCUCAUGAGGAAGUCCAGGCUUCACUGCGGCAAAAGAAAGUCGGCUUGAGAAGACCGCUUCAACCCAAGUGACCCGCUGUGGUGCUGAAUGUGAACCUGUUUCCGGCAUCUGCAGGGAUGAAGGUCUCUGGUCCUGUCACGGUGUCCGAGUAGACACAGCAGGGCCUGUGGGUGACGGGGCCAGUGUUUCUGGACAUGGCUCGGCGGACACUCUGGCGGAACGCCCGGGUUCCUGCUGCACUUGUUCUGUGUGUCGCGUACAGCAGCCCUCCCUGUAAGUAGAUGAAAACGCACCUGGAGUUGU